AUGGUCGAAGUCCUUUACAACGGCCCGCCGUCCAUGGAGGGGUCAAGAUCUCCAUUCACCAGAGAGGAGCAUAAGAUGCAGCAGAAUGGCCUCGCCAACAGCGGCAAACGCGCACCGCGCCGGUCCCAGACGCAGCACGAGUACUUUCUCCCUCAGCCCCCCUCCUCGGCCUUCACCCUUUACCCUACACCACUACCCUCGCCACCCCUCGAGGAACCGCCAAAGUUGCCGACCGAGCCUGCGCCACAGCCUCCGCCGACCCAGUCGACUCAGCAACCACCACCGUCGGGGCGCCGUCCGCCCCUAGGGCCUCCGCGACGAUCGUACUCGGUGACAGACCAGCAACCGAUCCCACGCCGGCACAAGCCGGCCGUGCGCCUAGCGUUCGCAGACCUGCCCGGCGAGCUGCACUUUGCGGUGUUUGACUUCCUCGACCCCAUUGACAGCACAUGCCUUGGCCUGACCAACAAGCACUUUUAUGCUAUCCACCGUCGGCUGCACGGUUCUGUCCCCCUAACGAUCCGCCGGGGCGGCCCCAACGAGCUGGAGUGGGCGUGGCAUCAAGCGGGCAAUGUCGUCCGGCAAAACCCGCCGGUUGUCCCCGUGCCCGUCCCCGAUCCUAAAAUCGAUGCGGCAGCCAUCACCCCGACGUCGCCGACCUCCUCAGAGGGCGGCUCCUUCAAGGGUACCGGCGAGAAGAACGCCAACAUGCUGUCCAACCUGCGGGUGCGUGGUCAAGGAUACUGCCGUAUGUGUGGUGUCACGCGGUGCCAGCUGCAUAAGCAUAUUCAGGAAUGGAUGGGGGAAGGGCUGGAGUAUUGCUCAGUACGGCAGAAGUUUGGGCCAGUAGCCCCAGAGGGGUCCAAGUCGUAUUGUUAUAUGAGUAAACCGGGAGAUCAGAGACGGUGUGGGCGACAUUCUGCCAAGAAGAAGACCGUGGAGGUAAAGGAUGAAGUGAAGCACCAGUGA